AUGACGGAUAAGUCGAACAUCGCAACUUUAGGCUCGACGCUCGUCGAUAGACUUCCAGUCUACUCAAAGAUGCUCUUCGAGGCCAAAGCCACCAAGAAGCUCACCUUCGAAGACAUCGCCAAGGAGUUGGGCCGGGGCGAGGUCGCAGUUGCCGCCCUGUUCUACGGCCAGGCUCAGGCGUCCGCCGAAGAUGUCGAGAAGCUCUCAACGCUGCUAAAUGUCCCCAAGGACAGCCUGGAAUCGACAAUGAUGGGCUUCCCGGAUCGUGGGCGAGCUGGGCCGAUGCCUCCGGUUGAGCCUCUCAUCUACCGCCUGUACGAGAUUGUGCAGAACUACGGAUACGCUUUCAAGGCCAUCAUGAACGAGAAGUUUGGCGACGGAAUCAUGAGCGCCAUUGCUUUCAGCUCCAAGAUUGAGAAGGAGGUUGACCAGGAUGGUGUUGCCUGGGUGAAUAUUACACUGAGAGGCAAAUGGCUGCCAUUCACUCGAUUUUAA